AUGGACUUCGUUAAUGGACUUCGUUUCUUCGGGGCGGGGGGGGAAGCAAACAAGCAAGCAGUCAAGCAGCAGAGGGACCUCCGGCCUGCGCUCCCGGCAGGAAGCGGCGCAGUCACCGCCACACGCCCCCGCUCCCCGCCCGGCCCGGCCUUGCCCCGCGGCGGCCCCGCGUCCCCCCCGGCUCCUGCCGCCGCUGCCGAGCGCGCUUGCGCCGCCGCUGCCGAGCGGGCAACCGGCUGCCCUGGCCUCGCCAUGUCAGCUCCCUCUCCGGCCGGGGCCGCGCUGCGGCCGGUCACUCACCUGAUCUUUGACAUGGACGGCCUCCUGCUGGAUACCGAGCGUCUCUAUACAGUAGUGUUUGAAGAGAUCUGUGGGCGUUUUGGAAAGGCCUAUACCUGGGAUGUGAAAUCCUUGGUCAUGGGUAAAAAAGCCCUAGAAGGAGCAGAGAUUAUUCGAGAUGUUCUAGAUCUUCCCAUAACCAAAGAAGAGUUAUUAUAUGAAAGUAAAAUGAAGCAGGAGAAGAUAUUCCCUACAGCUGAAUUGAUGCCAGGGGUCGAUAAGCUGAUCCGUCAUUUACACAAACACAACAUACCUAUAGCUGUUGCCACCAGCUCAGCUGAAGUGACAUUUCACAUGAAAACAGCCAGACACAAAGACUUCUUUGGUCUUUUUAAUCAUAUUGUGUUGGGAGAUGACCCUGAGGUGAAGUGUGGCAAGCCACAGCCUGAUGCAUUUCUAGUUUGUGCAACCAGAUUUCACCCUCCUGCCCCUCCAGAGAAGUGUCUUGUGUUUGAAGAUUCACCACUUGGAGUCAAAGGAGCCCUGGCAGCAGGUAUGCAAGUGGUUAUGAUUCCAGAUGAAAAAUUAAAUCCAGAUCUUAAAAAGGAGGCAACACUACUGCUGAACUCCAUGGAGGAUUUCAAACCAGAACUGUUUGGUUUACCACCAUAUGAUUAAUGUUGAUGAACAUGCACUUUGCUAGAGAUUGGGAAAGUGGAAUGAAAUUUUGUUAGUGAUUUUCCUUUUUUUUUUUUCUCUUCCUCAAAAUUGAAGGACAAAAAUCCUGCUAACACCAAGUCUUCCACACAGUACUUUUGCAUGUUGACUGGAAUGUUUAUGAUUUCUUCUUGUAAUAAAUGCUAAAUUAAAGCAACUUUUCAUCUA